CCUGGGCGGGGCGCCUAGUCCCGCCCCUCGGAGGAGGCGGGCGCGGAGCCAGAGGCUGGCGGCGGGCUGGGCCGGGCGUAGCUCCCGCCGGCCGGCUCGGUGCUGCGGCCCCAGGUCUGGGCGGCCGGCGCCGGCCGCGCCCAGCCCCCGUCCCGCCAUGCGGCUCCGCGGGGCCACGCCGCUCGCUGCGAUCGCCCUCCUGCUGCUGGGGGCUCCCUUGGCGCUGGCGGGCGAGGACUGCCUGUGGUACCUGGACCGGAAUGGCUCCUGGCAUCCUGGGUUUGACUGCGAGUUCCUCACUUUCUGCUGCGGGACCUGCUACCAGCGGUACUGCUGCAGGGACCUGACGCUGCUCAUCACCGAGAGGCAGCAGAAGCACUGCCUGGCCUUCAGUCCCAAGACCAUAGCAGGCAUCGCCUCUGCUGUGAUCCUGUUUGUUGCCGUGGUUGCUACCACCAUCUGCUGCUUCCUCUGUUCUUGUUGCUACCUGUAUCGAAGACGCCAGCAGCUCCAGAGCCCGUUUGAAGGCCAGGAGAUUCCAAUGACAGGCAUCCCAAUGCAGCCAGUAUACCCGUACCAGCCAGAUCCAAAAGCUGGUCCUGCACCCCCGCAGCCUGGCUUCAUGUACCCGCCUAGUGGUCCUACUCCUCAGUAUCCGCUCUACCCUGCCGGACCCCCGAUCUACAACCCUGCGGCUCCGCCCCCCUAUAUGCCACCACAGCCUUCUUACCCAGGAGCCUGAAGAACCAGCCCUGGCUCUGCUGCCCCUUCCGUGAUGCCAACGUUGGGAGAUGAUGCCCCAUCCUGCACCUGCGUCCAGCUCUGGGGGUGAGCAGGGGUCUUCUAGCCACCAGGCCCCAAACCAAGUCAAGGCCUGGUUCCUGCUGGGGACAAAGCCCCAGAGAAGUGGACCAGGAGCUAAGCUGGAGCCAGGCCAUGAAGGAAGGCUUGAGAUCUGUGGGCUGUUUUUUUGCUGGAGGAGAGGGAGUAAGAUGAGGGCCUGGGUCAUGGCCCCUGCUUUCAGGUAGUCCCUCUGUUCCCAGGAUCCCGACCAGAAAGGCAGGGCCCCUCUCACUUGCCCACUUUGGGUUGGAAUGAUAGUGGUUCCACCAGUAGCUGGCCACAGCCCUCUCCUCUGGCUGCCCCACUAGCCAGAGCGCUGGCCUGCUGGAUUAAAGCUAUCAUGAGUAA